GUGCGCUCCAAAGUCCAAACUCCAAAAAUCCAAACUAACUUGGAAGAAAACGAAUCUCAAUCCCUAAAUUCCAAAACUUCAACUCGGAAAGAUUUCGCAUCUGCACGUCCGAACCUGAACCUUGUCCCUGCAAUUGUUUGUCUAUACUCUGUAACAAAGAGCUCUCUACGGGUUUUUCUUUUUGACUCUGAAGCACCUGAAAGAGGAUUUUGCAGCUGAUUUGUGAAAAACAAAGAUGGGAUUGACCAAUUUUGUGCUCACAGUGGCGGGUGUUAGUGCCGUGGUUCUCCUCCUAAGGAGUGACGUCAAGCAGUCGGCUGCAAUAUUAAGGCGCAAUGUGAAGCACAUCCGCGGCUGGCUUGAGGAAGAAACCGUUGCCUCUAAGACAGCAGAGAAUGCAAAGCCUAAGCUUGAACCAAAAGCUCCGCAGAAAGAAAAUCCCAAAGAGGACAAGCAAUAGUGGUUCGUAUCUUGGCAUCUGGAUUGAGUUAUGAGAAUUUCUUCUCCCCCUCUUGAUGAGUACAGUGGCCAAAAUAAGUCGUCUUAGUGUAGUAACUGUAGUUCUUCUUCUUUAUCUAGAAAGAGGAAAACCUUUAUUUCUUUUGACUGCUGUAUUUUUUAUGUGAUUAUAUUCAUGAGAAAAAGAAAUCAGUCAAAAUCA